AUGAACAGUCGAAACCUCCACGUCAUAAUCGUGGGCGCGUCAAUCUCCGGCUUGACCCUCGCUCACUGCCUGUCCAGCACCAACGUCGACUUCACCCUCCUCGAAGCCAGGUCAAGUCAGUUCACCCACGGGGCUGGGCUCGUCAUCCAGCCAAAUGGGGCCCGCAUUCUGGACCAACUGGGAUUGUAUGAUAAGGUGUCGCGGCAGGCAGAGCGCAUGGUGUCGCACACCACCUCUUUCGACGAUGGGCGCCUUCUUCUCAACAUCGACAUUCGGCAUAUAACGUUACGACGGACCGGUUACCCACUAUCCAUUAUCUCACGACAGGCCCUAUUGAGUAUCCUGUACGACCAUCUUCCUCGUCGAGAUCGCGUGCUCUUCGAUAAGAAGAUCGUUCGGGUGACUUCCUCGCCUAAGGCUGUCACUGUUCACACUGCCGAUGGAUCACAACUUUGCGGGGACCUGGUCGUCGGGGCAGACGGUAUCCACAGCAUAGUGCGCUCACAGAUGUGGCAAUACAUCCGAUCCAACAAAGAUGCUGCCCGUUUUUUCCUAGCAAGGGAAAUGCCAUUGCAUGUUUCGUUUACUGGAGUAUUCGGCAUUUCGGACCCCAUCGAGGGACUCGAACAGGGAAUAGCCUAUCGUACCUGCGGAACUGGGUGGUCGAUGCUUAUCUUGGUUGGUACAGACGCACAAGUCUUUUGUUACGUUUCUAUUGCGUGUCCGCCUUCGAGUAAACCACAUCGGCGACGACAGCAAGGCAAGGCGAGCCUCGAGCCAAUGUUGGAACCGUUCCUCCAUGUACACGUCACCCGCCAAGUUCUCUUUCGUGAGGUAUUUCUCCAUGCAAAAUCAUGCACAUACGUUCCGCUCGAGGAAUCUUUCCAAAAUCAAUGGUCAGCAGGGCGAUUUGCAUGUAUAGGAGACGCAGUGCACAAGAUGACGCCCAACAUAGGACAAGGGGCAAAUUGUGCCAUCGAAACAGCUGCUUCCCUCGGAAAUCAUAUUCUUCUAGCCAGCAACACCGAUGCUCCCUGCACAGAGGAAUCUCUCGGAUCAAUGCUGGGGACCUGGGAGACUGCGCACAAAGGUAGAAUGCGAACAUUCUCUUGGGUUGCACAGUCCGUUGCGCGCAUUGAAGCAGGCGGCAAUUGCUGGAAACGAUUCCUUCGAUCUUAUCUUGGAUACUAUCACGCGGCGAUGGGCAUCGCGCUCCUCGGCGAUAUCACUCCUCAGACGGCACGAGUACAGCAUUUGCCCUUACCGCCGCACAAGAUCACCGCUGUUGAUAGUCGGAUUGACCCGCAGGAGAAGGAUUGGAGCAUGCGCUUCUCAGGAAUACCUGUUGUGUCGACCAUAAUCGUGGCUUUGCUCUUGGUUGUCCAGUCGCUUACAAGACCAGAGCCCAGUGGAGUAAUUUAGCAGGCUUGGCUAGGGUUAUGAAGUUGGUGGGAGUUGGAACCGUAUCGUACUUCAUUGCGCGAAAUGAUUUCCG